AUGGAAUCCAUACAUAAUGGUACGAUGUCUUCCAAUGGCAAUGCAGCAGUUCAAAUAACUAAUAACGAUAAUAAUUUGAAAAAUAACUCCCCAUUCAAUAAUUCUAUUUGGAAAGCAAACUAUGUCGAAAACUCUCAACAACAACAACAACAACAGCAGCAGCAGUUACAAUCAAAGGAUUCUUUGACUCCAGGAGGUGUAUCACCUGCUCGUAAGCAACAAGGAAUGGGUCCACCUUCUUCAAUACCUCAACAGCAGCAACAGCAACAGCAACAACAAUUUUCAUUUACAAAUCCUUGGAACAAAAAUGAUACAGUCUUACCUCAACAAACUUAUAAUUAUGCAAUGGAUGAAGAUAUGUUAGAAUCAUUCAAAAGAAGAAAAUCUAGUUUAGUCAUACCUCCAUCAAGAGCCAGAGCACCAAAUCCAUUCGAAUUUAAUUUUCAAUACCAAGCUUUCCCUCAACAAUCAUCUCAACAGGGAAUAAAUAAUAAUAGUAAUAGUAAUCCUUAUUCAUACCAACAAUAUCAACAACAUCAACUUUACAAUACACAUCAAUAUAAUAAUCCAAACUUAAUGGCUGCUAAUGGCAACAAUAAUUCAAGAUUUUUCAAUCAGCAAGAUUUCCAUAGAAGACAAAGUGUUGCUGCUUCUCAAUUUUAUCCAUCAACUAAUACUUCCAAUAUAAGUAAUAAUACUAAAUCAAUGAUGAAUUCUCCCAAUUCAGUGUCAAUGCAAUCGAAUAACAAUAAUAUUCAUAGUUCAAAUACAUAUCUUCCAACUGCUACACCUACUAAUACUAGUAAUAAUAAUAUUAUGGUAAACAACAACAACAAUAAUAAUAAUAAUAAUAAUAAUAAUAAUAAUAACAACUACAAUCCAAAUAGUGCUAUUACAGCAUCUUUUAGAAGAUUAAGUGCAUAUCCUACAACUGGUAUAUCAUCAACAAUACCUUCUCAACAGCAAUUACUACGAAAAGGUUCUAUACUUGAGGCAUCACCAUCUGCAGCAGCCACGGCACAACCAAUUGUAAUACCGACAAUGAAAAAAGUCAACUUUAAGAAGGAUUUAAAACCAAUUAUUAAUCCAACCCCGAAAUUUAGAAGAGCGUCAUUGAAUUCGAAAACAAUUUCUCCCUUAUUGGCUUUAACACGAAAUUUAAUCACUACCUAUCAAUUAUGUUCCCCUGAUUUUACUUAUAAACCAUCCAAAAACCCCAAGAGAGUCCUUACAAAACCAAGUGAGGGAAAAUUUAAUAACGGAUUCGAUAAUGUUAAUAGUGAUUAUAUCCUUUACGUAAAUGAUGUACUAGGUGUGGAACAAAAUAGGAAAUAUUUAGUUUUGGAUAUAUUAGGUCAAGGUACUUUUGGUCAAGUGGUGAAAUGUCAAAAUUUAAUGACGAAGGAAAUAUUAGCUGUUAAAGUCAUUAAAUCAAGAUCAGAAUAUUUAAAUCAAAGUAUUACUGAAGCCAAAAUUUUAGAAUUAAUUAAUUCAAAAAUUGAUCCUGAAAAUAAAUUUCAUUUCUUAAGAAUGUUUGAUUCAUUUAUUCAUAAAAAUCAUUUAUGUCUUGUUUUCGAAUUAUUGAGUAAUAAUUUAUAUGAAUUAUUGAAACAAAAUCAAUUCCAUGGAUUAUCAUUACCAUUAAUUAGACUUUUCGCGAAACAAUUAUUAGAAUCAUUAUGCAUAUUGAAAGAUAAUAAAUUAAUUCAUUGUGAUUUAAAACCAGAAAAUAUUUUACUUUGUUCUCCAGAUAAACCUUCUUUGAAAAUUAUUGAUUUCGGUUCAUCAUGUGAAGAAACAAGAACUGUAUACACUUAUAUUCAAUCAAGAUUUUAUCGUGCUCCAGAAAUAAUCUUGGGAAUUCCAUACUCGACAAGUAUUGAUAUGUGGUCAUUUGGUUGUAUUAUUGCUGAAUUAUUCUUGGGGAUCCCAAUUUUCCCAGGUGCUUCUGAAUAUAAUCAAUUAUCAAGGAUUAUCGACACGUUAGGAUAUCCACCAAAUUGGAUGAUUGACAUUGGGAAAAAUUCAGGGAAAUUCCUGUUGUUGAAUGAUGAUGAUCCGAAUGAUUUUAAGAAUAAAUUUAGAUUAAAGACAAUUGAUGAGAUGAACAAAACUAUUAUGAAUAAUAAUGAUAAAAAUAAUGUACGUAAAGAGGAACCAGGAAAACAAUAUUUCAAAUGGAAAAAAUUACCAGAAAUAAUAAAAAAUUCAAGAAUACCUAAACCAAUUCAAAAUAAUCCAAAGGCAAUUGAACAAGAAUUACUUAAUCGUGAUUGCUUAAUUAAUUUCUUGAAGGGCGUCUUAAAUAUAAAUCCAUUGGAAAGAUGGACUCCACAACAAGCUUCGUUGCAUCCAUUUAUUACUCAGCAACUAUUCACUGGUGAAUGGUUCCCACCGGGAUCAAAUAUAAAUACUGUAUACCGUCAACAUCAUCAGAAUCAGGAUCAGAAUCAAAGUGAAAAUUACGUAGCAACUAAUCAAGAACAACCACAAAUGUCGGGCGCACCCGCACAAGAACAAGCUGAACCAAUGCUAGGACUAUCGUCAUCAUCCUCAUCGAUUAUUUCUCAUAACCAUGAUAAUAUUAAUAUUAUUGAUAAUAAUACUCAGGGAACCCAUUCAGUACAAGAUGGUGGUACAACAUCAAGGGAAUUUAACAAACUAUCUAUCGAAGAACAAACUCUAGCAAGUACGAACUUAUAG